AGGUACACACGGUCGCCGCCAGCCGGUCGUGUAGUACGUACGCCGAUCGCUCCGAGCGGUCGCUAUCGCAAUCGCGCGGUCCAGUGCACUGUGAACCCGCGGUCUCACGCUCUUCCGCGCGGCAGGUGAGCUCGCGACGGCGGCGUGGCUCCGGUGACUCGUUCGCGGAGCAGUAUUGAUCGCAUCCCGUUUGACUGUUUCAAUGUUUAUAAACAGCCGGCCGCAUCCAUUCAUUCGCCGUUGUUUUUGAUACGUUUGUCCGACUGUGAACGAUCCCGAUCGCCGGUCCUGUGUGCACCGCUCGCACCAGCCCCUCGCUUGGACCUCAGUGCACAUCUGGAUAUAGUACGACGGGGAGAUAAAUCACACGUUUAUUGAGCGAGAAAAAAAGGAAUAUUUGGACAAUGUAAUCACGGUUAAAUGUGAAAACUAGUGUUGGAAGUUUGAGUUAUCCGACUUGGUACAAGAGGCAGCCAUGCUGUCUUACAUGGUGCCUGUUGAAGAGAAGCCUCCACCAGUUCCGGGGAAAGGUCGACUUGCGUUGGAACUAGUUGCAAGCCCGGGUAGCCCGGAGUCCACGGCCCGACGGACUCGCACCAACAUAUCGAAGGACUCCUCUACUUGCUCCUUCGCCAGCGACCUGACGUUGUCCUCGUCGACACCAACUGGAGCGCACGACAAACCGAAACACAAGCUCCUGAGCAACGGCAGCAAACACACUUCUUUGAAAAGGGUCUCGUUUGGGAGCUCCAAGGGGUCGAUGGUAGAGACCCUCAUCUACGAGAGCCCCCUACAGGAGGAACCCGAAAGCAGCCCGCCCCCGAAGUUCCAAGAAACCGCAUUCCCGUAUACGCCCGUCGAAGACGAUUCGGAGCGUUCCAAAGUCCGCGUGUCGUUCUACCAAGGGGUGCGGCCGCAGUGUCUGUCCCCGCCGCCGGCGCAGUCCGACUCGCACGUACUCUUCGCUGAUUUGCUCUCUGCGGCAGUCAACGGCGACAUGGCAGAGCACACUAUGUAUAAUAGACAAAUCAGUACUGAAAGCGGAUGGGACAACCCAUUCCGCCCGGACGGCGAUCUGAGUCGCGAAGCCGACGAGAUCGUCUCCCUCAUCAAGGGUGGGAAGCCCAUUACACCGACGCCGCCGAUCACAAACCAGGUGCCGAUUUGUGAUGAGCAGGAGGAGAAGGUGCAUGCAAACAAUGUCAAUGCUAGUCCUCCAGCUUCACCGCAGACUAAGGUGGCGAGUCCCGUGCAGCAGAAGACCGCCAACGGCACAAAGAACGGCACCGCCGUGGCCGAGGUCCGUGCUGGACCCGUGGAGGUGCAGCGCUCUCCGCCGCAAGAGCCACUGCAGCCCGAGCGAGUCACCCUCAAGAAGAAGCAGAUGUGCAAGUGCUGCGUCAUCCAGUAGUCAUCCAUCCACCAUCCCAUCCACCUCAUCCUCGCAGCCAGUAACACAUGCUUUCUGUAUUCAAGCAUAUUCCGAAUAAUAUGGUGUUUACUCGGUGCUAUAUCAUUUGUUUCUACACAAGAAGUACCUAAAAGUCAUGUUCAAAUUCAAUUAUAUAUCUGAAAACUAUCGAUGUGUUCAUACGUUUUAAAAUUUAAAAAAAAAUUUGAAAAAUCGCAUUACUUGUUGCCUGUCUGGCCUGUACUUUUGUGUACUUCGAUAAUUUUAAGAGUGUUUUUAUUAUUCACAGUUGCAUUUUUACGUGUAACAAGUUUUUUGUUUUAUAUCUGUUAUUUAGUUACUUUGUUUUUUAAGGAUUUGUAACAGUUACAAUAUUUGCGAUAGGGUACAAAAGUUUUUUUUUAUUAUUUGACUAGUCUGGUGAUUUGAUACAGAAUGCUAUAUUAUGGUUGUUUGAGCUAUUAGAUAGAAGAUAGCUAUUAAAUACACAGCCCGAGUAGUAUUUGAUUUUAUGGCUUUCUAUAAUUUUUUCAAGGGAAUCUCAACAAGAUUACUCCAGUUUCUUAAAAAAAAACAUUUAAAAUAAUAAGAGAUAAUAUAUUAAAAAGAUAUCUAUUUUUAUUGAGACUAAAAUCUGAAUAAGUUUGAGAAAAUGUGAGAUGUUAGAAUACGUAGACAGAGAAAGAAAUAGACGAUUCGGCGUGUCGUUAUUAGUCAAAUUUUUUUUUUACUUAUAUAUUUUAAGCUAACUUGUUACUUAUAAUUUGUAAGUAGUUGAGGUUGUAAUUUUGUGCUCACUUUACGUUUAUUUUAUAUUACAUAUUAGCAUAAAAUCUAUUAAUUUAGUGAUAAUUUAUUAUCAAUCUUGUUGGAAAAAACGGCACUCGACAUUAUGUUCAUUUAUGUGUUCUCAUGACACUGAAUAUCAAAUCGUCUCGUUUUUAUUCUUUGCAGAGUAAACAUAUGGGAUUUUUUUUUAACAGAAUGUAAUAGAUGGUAUCUAUUUUGUCUACUACUUUCUCUGCGUACGUUAGAGUAUCAUAAUUUUGAGUAUAAAAAAACAAUAAUUUAUUUUAAAACUGUUACUGAGUUGAAUAAUGUUUAAACACAUAAUUUUAAAUGUAUAUUUUUAUAUGUUUAUUUAUAAAAAAGGAAGUAUUAUAAUCUUUAAAAUAUAAUAAUUUACCUAGAGCUUAGAAAUAUAUCAGCGACAGUAAUAGAAUUUUCACUUAUGCAUACUUGUGUUCAGUGCCGGAUUAAGCUAUCGCGGGGCCUGUAGCAAAUUUAAACUGGGGGCCCAUGUUAGGUUAAAAAAACAAAUUCUAAGUUGUUUUCCCCCCUCAAAAGUGACCUUCAUAUUUAAAAAUUUGAAAGUUCAAGAUUUUCCUGAAAUCUACAAAUAGGAACCUAUUAUUCUGUUUUAUUUUUAUCAAAAUUUUAGGUUUAUUACUUCGGACAUUUAAGCUAAAUCAAGCUAGAACAGUAUGAGUAUAUAUCCUUGAAUAACUCAAAAGCUAUUAAUUUUAAUAUUAUCCUCAUAAAAAGCUCUUUCAUUUGAUGAAUUGCACUGUGCAGUUUGUAACAAAAAAUUUGUCCAUAUUGCCCACCAAAAUUGACCUUUAAAUUUUCGGGCGCGGGGCCCUCCAUCUUCACGCGGGGUCAGUAGCAAAUGCUACCUACCGCCCUAUGGCUAAUCCGGCGCUGCUUGUAUUGUGGUAUCGUAUUUCAAAUUUUCUGGAUAAUGUCAGCUGGGAAGGUUGUACAGCCACAAAAGAGCAGUAAUGAUCUCGUAUAUUUGAUUUUAUCUAAUCAUUAAAUAAAUAUAGGAACCUGUGGUGUUGGAUUUAAGACUGCUUAUUCAAUAUAAUAUGUAGCAACUUUUUAAAUAUUCGAAAAUAGCCCAUUUUUGAAAUAAAAUCAAGCUAUUCUUUAGGAAGUGUCCUAUAAUUUGCAUGCCCAUUUUAGUGCAAGCUUUCGUCCAAUAAUAUGGUUAUGUACAUAAUAUUGCUAAGAUUGGAUUAUACUCACUAUUUAUUUAUUAUAUAUAUUAUGUAUAAUAUGACCGAUUAGCGUGCUUGUAAACUUAACAAGUGGUUAUUGACAAAAUUUAUUAUCUACUAUAGUAUCAAACCAAAUCCUUAUAAUACUUUAUUAUAGUUUAUCCUGGACAUAAAGAAAACGUUUUGUGUGGCAGCUACCUUUCUUAUUGUUUUUAAUAAAUAGAUUUUCCCAACUUUAACUUUCAGUAAGAAAAUGUAACAAUAGUGCUAUAAUAGAAGAUAUUAUAUAGAUAGGAAAGUACUUGGAAUGGUGUUGUGGAGAAAUUCGGGUAACAAUAUCGAUUUCAGAAAGAAUAAAUUGUAAAAAUUGUAACGAGAUUAGGUUGAUCCAUUGAAUCGAUGUUUCCUUUGGUAGAUAGGUAUAUAGAAAAGUUAAGACAGUUUAUUAUUCAGGUUAUUUGUUAUUGAUAGUUAAUUUAAACGUAAAUUAUUUUCAUUCGAACUUUAGAUUACAUUUUUAGAUGUAAGCAACAGUGAAAUGAAGGCAGUCCGUCGGUAAUUAAAUAUUUGGAACGAAUAUUGUGUCUGUAAUAGGUGUUUAAUAUAAUCUUUUUAAAAAUUCUAUGCGAGUACAUACGAGCAAUCUUUUGUGUCAUUAGACUUAUCGCUUUGUAGGUCUUUGUUUUUAUUAACUGCAUUUUGAUGACAUACGAAAAGCAUUAUGUGUAUACCUUUGUAGUUCGUGAAUACUAGAAAAGUGAAGAGCUCGAAUAUUUUAAUGUUAUUCAUUUGAAUUAGGAGUGCAUAUAAAAGGUGUUUUAAUAUAAUUAUGUACCUAUAAUAUUGUGGUGGCAACUAUACAUGUUUAAUGUAAAGAAAAUCCAUAGACACACAGACAGUCGACUAAGAUAGAUAAAUGCACUUAGAGUAUAAGCUGUUAGAGUCAUAUAUUAGCCUCCUGACCUGUCUGUAAAGUCCAAAGCUAUUUAUCUAGCAAUUUAACAUACCUGCUGCCAUUUUGUGACUCCAUAAUUUCUCACAUGAUUCUCCACUUGGAGAAAUAUAAUUUCAUAUCUCAUUUUAUCUUAAGACUAUUAUGUUAUUUGUCAUCUUUUGAUAAUUUUCAUCAUUAAUUUUAUAUAAUUUUAUUUUAAGUGCAUCAUAUGUGGGCACAAAAUGCUUGGUCAUAAUAAUUUCUACAUUUUUAUAAUAUAUUAUGUGGUGCCAUUUUAAAGUAAAUAUUUUGAUUUUCUUUCAAAACCGGUGCUGUUUCUUGCUGUGAUUAUAUUUAGUUGCAAGGAAUGACGGGCCCAAUCAUUUUUUUUAAUAUUUAAUUCGCAGCAAGGUAUUCAUAUUAGUACAUCCAUAUAAUUAUGUGUUUAUAUAAGUGUAUUAAGCUCCCAUAGUUUUAUAUAAACCUUUUGAUAUAAGAUGAUAUAAUAUAUGAGGUAUAUUGUAUGUAUUCGUGGCAGCUUUGACGGGAGCUAUGUCUGGAAUAAUUUGGUAACACGCAUAGUUAAAUGAUUGUAGAAAAGUUAAAAUUGUAUUAGGAGUUACUUGUCUCUCUCUUAUAAAAAGAAUGUCAUAGUUCUUGUAUUUCUAAAUAAUAAUACAUACUUUAUUUUGACUGACGAAAAGGAUUUUCAUAUACUGACAGUAUAGUAGAAACAAAAUUGAAGUAUGUAUUUCUAAAUAAAUACUUCAUUUUACUGACAGUAUAUUGGAAACAAUGUUUUAGCGUGAAUUUCUCUCUGUGCCCACAUGUCCAGUCGGGUCUCUUGCGCAAACUGAUUAUUAUAAUUAUUUAUAAAAGUUAAUAGUUUUUGGAAAAAUUAAGGCACACACCAAAAAGUGUGUAACUUAAAAAAAACUUAUAAUUAAUUUAACAUUUGUACUUGCAACAAGUGUAACCGAGGCCACAGUCCGAACUUUGGUCGCGACUGGCGACAUUUUUUAAUGCUUCCCUUAGUAACAACAAUAUUGUGCGUACUGAGAUUUAACGUAUUCUGUCGGCAGGCGUUAUAUAUGUUCCUUGAUAAUGUCUUUUAUUUGCUAAUAAAAUACUGUCAUUAAGGAUAAAUAUAUUAAGAGAAUAUUCGACGGCUUUCUUCAUUUAAAUAUUUGACUCCACGACAUUUUAUAUGUAUCGUGUGUUAACUAUUAUAUAUUUGUUUCCAAUAUUUUACAGUGUUUUAGAUGAAUGAUAGCAUAUUGAAUCUAAAAUGACAUUAUAUUUGUAUAAAAUAUUUACUUUCUAUUAUUAUUAUUAUUAUUGUCAAUCAAUAAAUAAUUAUGUACAAAACUAUUACAUUGUAAUUAUUUAUAUUAAAUCUUUAAUUAAAUAUGAA